CUGGCCCUGCCUCCCAUGUCGUGCCAGAUAAAAGCUUUGCUCUUGGCAGGAAACGCCUCAAAGCCACACAGAUCCUCUCCUCCCACAGCUCCCACUCCAAGCUCUGAGGCACUGCAGGCUGCACAGGACACCAUGGUGCGACGCGUGGCUGUGGUGGGCGCAGGCGUCAGCGGGUUGGCAGCCACCAAGUGCUGCCUGGAAGAGGGGCUGGAGCCCAUCUGCUUUGAGCAGAGCGAGGACAUCGGAGGGCUCUGGCGCUACACGGAAAAGCCAGAGGAAGGCAAAGCUAGCAUCUACCGCACUGUCUUCACCAAUUCCUGCAAGGAGAUGAUGUGCUACCCUGACUUCCCCUUCCCUGAUGACUACCCCAACUAUAUACACAAUACAAAGCUCCAGAAGUACAUCCGUGACUACGCACAGCAUUUUGACCUUCUCCAGCACAUCCGCUUCAAGACCAUGGUCACGAAGAUAAGGAAGCGCCCUGACUUCAGUGCUACGGGGCAGUGGGAGGUGGUUACGCGGAGAGACGGGAAGGAAGAGGCAGCGGUUUUUGAUGCUGUUAUGAUUUGCACUGGGCACCAUGUCUAUCCAAACCUCCCCCUUGCCCACUUCCCAGGUAAGCUAAAUGAACUUGAUUCAGCCAUCACACAGCCAGGUGUGUGCACUUUACAUUCAAAUGUUGGAUGUUUUGUUGUUGUUCUUUUUUUUUCCAGCAUCAAAGAUUGAUGUUAGGGGUGAGCUCUGUUCAGGAGAUCAGAACUUU